AUGGAGUGGAGAUGGCAUCCUAACAUGCGUUGUCCAGAAACAGUUGUUAACUUUAAUGGAUCAACGUACAAGUUAAACUGUGGUGAAUUUGAAUUCAACCAAGCUGAGGCUUUUUGCAAAAACCAAGGUGGAAAUCUCGUAACUAUAGAAACUGAAGAGGAAAACAAUUUCUUAAAGAAUAUACUUACGCUUAUGAGAAAUGCUGGAGGCGCUUCGGAGAAUCUCUGGUGGUGGAUAGGUUUAACAGACAUUAAGACAGACGGUUCAUUUGAAUGGAUCUCUGGUCAAUCUGUGACAUACACGGACUGGUAUCAAGGACCACCGCCUGAACCUAAUGGUGUGGCUUGGAACAAUGCAAAAGCGGACUGUGUUGUGAUGAGGCACACUUAUGGAUUUACAUGGUCAGAUGAAUAUUGUAGAUAUUAUGAUGUCCAAGCAAUUUGUGAACUAUGGUAA